CGGUCACCUAAUCAAAUGUUGUCCCACUGUUUAGCGGUGCUAAUGGCAUGAAAUUGCAACGAGCUUCUGGUUGUUCAGUUGAUGAAUUUACAAGGAUUUGACAACACAAGCUUCGCACAUGCAAUCUCAUCAUCAACCGCAUCACAUCAUCAUAAGUCAAUAAUACGGUUGAAUCUUGCUAGUUCAGGUGUCAACCAACAACGCUUCCCCCUAGCAAGAAGCUACAAGAAGUGAUGGCGCGUUAAUUGAACAACCAACUAAACGGCCCAAAGGUCAUCAGUUUGGGGUAUAUAAUGAUCACAAGUUGGACAUCGUUGGUACAUUUGAGGACCAACUUUGUCAGCGCGAUAAAAUGUCCCGAUUUGUGCUGGUUUGUGUCCUGUCGGUGAGUGCGGUCCUUGCCGCUCCUCAACUCCGUCAACAAGGACAAAACACGGACCCCAACGGAAUUGAACUGCUGAGGUACAACUUUACCAACAACAACGAAGCAGGCUAUGCGUUCACGUACGAACAGAGCAACAAGCAGAUCUUCUCGGAGGUUGGUACGCCCAAGGACACGGCCAACGGAACCAAAAUCCUGGCAGUUGAGGGAGCUUACACGUUUGUGGGACCCGACGGUCAAACCUACUGGGUCAACUACCGUGCCGACGAGAACGGGUUCCUGCCCAAAACGGGAACCGGUACCGUUGGUGGAAUCCAGCCCGGUCAGGAUGCCCCAGUGCGAACCUAGUCAAUAAAUUUAAGCCGUUCCAGAUAAGAGAGUGUAAGAAAUAUGGUGUUACUACACACAAAAACACGCUGUCAAACAGUGAGCAAAGCGGUCACAAUAAAUUGACUAGCAUUAGCGGUCGUAACUGUU